CGACAAAUUGGUCGCGGCAUAUCUCUUCAGCUAUCCGAAGUUCAUCUGAGUUUCUUUGCGAUACCGAGCCUCCAAUAGACACCUUCGUAGUUACCUACGAGCUACAGUACGAGCUUCGCACACUGGAAACUCACAGCCUCGCCCGACACGCCGCUUCGUACCGCGAAUCCUGCAUCAUUAUUGUAGGAAGCCUUCAGUUGAGCUACAAUUGCCUGGAGAGCGCAGGAAACGCGUAAAUACGUGUGCUGGCGCGCAGUCACCUGAGCCCAGCUAGAGUCUUCUGCAGCUUGGGCAGCUCUGUCAGCCUUGCCCCGCCACAGUUCGCAUCCUUACGAAGUAAAGCACGCUUUCGCCUUCAGCUGGUCGAACGCUGUUUCAGCUCGAGAACAUCAUGACUACAGCUUCGCCCGUGUUGUCCAGCCUGUCAGCGCAUCUACAAAUCAUAGAAAGCGAACCGACGACUCAGCUCAAUACAGAACUAAUUGAGCAGUGCGAGCUAUUCACGAGUACGGCCGAGUACCGGGGCCAAACUUGGAAAGAGACACAACCACUGUUCCUGCAGAUUGCAGCUCUAUUGCCGCAGCUCCAGCAAGAUCCCUCCCCUCUCGUACACUUCAUCACCAAGCUUGCCACUCCCUACCGCUUCGAAGACAUCAAAGAUGUGGACUUCGAGAUUGCCUUGGAUUUGCAGGCUACGCCAUUCCACGGGCUGAUUCUAUCGUUGUUGCACAAGGCAACCGCAAGCAGCGCUGACACACAGGUGCUGGCGAAUCGGCCUGAUGUCGUAGCUGCCAUCGUUCGUUUGUGGCUCUGCACUCAGGACACAGGAGUAGCCACACAAGCGGAAGAUCUACUCUUCUCACUACUAAAGGCCUCGAAGAACGAACCGCUCUCGAUUACUGGAGAGGAUACAGGCCACACCCACGGUACGGGCCCAAUGUGGCGACGACUGUUCAAUGACCAAGACGUCCGCUCGCUGUACUACCAUCACACAUAUUUGCAGAAGUUGUCAUCGCCUCCCUUGCCUGAUUUGAGCAAGCGCGAAAAGACCAUAGCGCAGGCAAGGCUGUUGUCGUUGCUGCCGCGGGUGGGAUCAUUGCACUGGGACACACUUGUUGUACCUCACGCCACAGAUGUGGAACGUGAGAUUGGCUUGAGUGAGGAUCAAGGCCUGCUCCACUACGCUACAAUGAAGAUGGUGGAUACCGAGGAAGACAUGCUCAUGUACAUGACGCUUAUCAGCUUCUUCAGUAAGCUAAUUACUACCGUCAAGACAACUCCACAUCUUACACACUACUGUUCAAGUCUUGCGUUAGACUUUCUCCAAGAGCAAGGGACACACAAGCAGCUUAUCGACUUCCACACUACCGAUAGCCCUGGCGUUGAACAUUCUUUCCUCAGCAGCCGGACAGCCAAGUACAUUAGCGACUACGCCCACAACUACCCAGAGAACUUUGAGAAGAGCCCAGAGUUAUCGAAAAUACGAGACUAUGUCCACCGCAACAUUCGAAAGUGUGAAGCCAGCGACCUCGACAUCAUCGCCUCUAUGCCGAGGUCAACGCUCAUUCCUCGCCGCGGCUCAAGCCUUGCUUGGGAUGAAUGUAUCAUACUUGACAUGCCUAUCACGAGAACCAAUCAAGACGCGCUCAAGACGCUAGCAACUGUCUUCCGUGGACCGCCAAAGGAGGAGCUCACAUUUCCGCAAGUCGAGACGCUAGAUUCAGACACGAAGCGCAUAGAAAAUGAAUCCGCAUACGCCCGCCUACUCACCGCGCUGUUCAUCAACAAGAAGCCGAACACAUUUUCAGAUAUCAUCAGCCACACAAAUACUGUCGCAAUGAAGGAGAACGCUCUUGCAGCUCUUGCUUUCCUCCGAGCUUUGAUCACCGCAUCAUGGUCCAGCGAACUCAUUCCGGAUGUACCUGCAGGCGACCCUAUCUACGCUCGUCUCAGUAACUUUCCUAAAACCGGACUAGAUCUGAUUCUCGACUCCAGCAUCAGCGGCGGCGUGCUUCCCGCUCUACUGAAGCCGGCUACGUCGUUCUCGAACCUUGUUGGCGGGCGAGGAGAUGCCGAGAAUGCAGCGUAUCAGGUAGCAAUGGCCAAGUUCGACGUCUUGAAGGCACUGGGACGGGAACUGGAGCAGAAUGGUGGACGCGAAGAUGUACUGUUCAUGGUCAAGAGGAGGGUCAAAGAGGGCCCGUGGGGUGUUGGUGGAAGUGCUGGAAGCAGGAUCGGUACGCUAGAGCUCUGAGUACGAUGGCCCAUAUUUGCAGCGCACGUUAUGCAAGCAAACUUUCCUCCGGAGUUGACCAAAAUCCUCUACUUGAUGCCACAACAGACUUUAUUGGCUCAGAGUCAUGACGAAAUAACGAAGUGUGGUAGUAGUGUUCCUUGUCUGGCACCCGAUCUUCCAUAAUAAGAC